AUGCCCGAUAUCAUAGAUCUGAUAUCCUCAGAUCCUCCAAUUCCGCCUCAGCCUGCUCCAAAAGUAACCAAGCCAGCUGCUCGAUCUCCGUGGCCAACCCACCCCACUCCGGUCUCCUCUGACCCGUUUGACACAUCGCUGUUCGAUUAUGAGUUCGAUAAACCCGCUAAAAAGAGAAGAUUAAGCGAUCAAGGACUUGUUGCAGAGCAACAAGCUGGCGCGUCAAAAAGCACAACGGCCUCCAAAGCCCCAACCACUACGACAGAGGCCUGGUUUUCAAUUUCCGACGAUGACUUCGAUCUGCCCCCUGCAAACGGGGAUGUGGGAAACAAACCGGUUCAGUCGCGCAUUGAAGAGUCUGAUCCAAUUGUAUUUACUUCUCCCGCGCCGGGGCCUUUGCCCAAACUGAGCGCUUUACGCAAACCGAAUAAUUCCAAUUUGGAUGUCUUGGCGCUCGACGACGAUGACGACGAUUUCAUGGACCUGGAAAAGCCACCACACUCGAGCUUGCGAGGACGUAGCCAUAUUGAGGAAUUCAGUGAUCCUUUCGCUCUGCCGGACUUUGUUGAUCUAGCGACGAAACCGCCGCCAAAAACGGCAUCUUCGAACCCAAUCUUUUCGGAAACCACGGCACGCCUACUGGCUCGUCUCCAAGAAGAGGAAAAGGGUCCCGCUCGCCACAAUUCCUCUAAGGCAGGAUCUAGCAGUCAAAACCCAAAGCUUUCUAGCAUUCAGACUAUAGCCGCAGAGUUCCUCUCAGGCGAUGAUCUAGAUGAGCCCUCAGCCCCUCGGAAAGCAGCCAAAAAGACAAGCAAGGUUGAUGCUGCAACUAAGGAAGCAAAGGCCAAAGCCCGGGAGGAGACAAAGUUACAAAAAGAGCGGGAACGCCAGCUCGAAAAAGAUCGAAAGCUGAAGCUCAAGGAAGAUAAGGCGAAAGAGAAACAACGGGCUGCUGAUAUAGCGAGCGUGAACAAACUCAAGAUUAACAAAAAGGACUCCACUCCGGAGAUGAUUGUCGACAUUGCGACAUCCCUGGAAGACAGUAGCGUGGGCACCCAAUCCGUCGAGUUCAUGAAACGCCUUGGUGUCCAGCACACGUUCUUCGAGAGUCAAAUCCCAAACGUUGUCAAAUGGCGUCGGAAAAUGAACGCUACUUUCAACCAAACGCUCCGCCACUGGGAGCCCUGUCCCUUUUUCAUCCAAACUGAAAAUCACGUUUUGUGCCUCGUGCCAGCGCAGGAGUUUAUCAACAUGGUAACCCCACCACCUGAUGGCGAACAACGGCAGACUCUCGAAGCCCACGUACUGAAACUCAAAUCCGCCUAUUCAAACUGCAAGCCUAUCUACCUUAUUGAGGGUCUGACGGCUCUUAUGCGCAAAAACACCAAUGCCCGCAACAGAGCAUUUCAAGCCGAAGUUCUACGCCAAAUGGCUGAGUCUGUACCAGAGGCAGAAGCCACCCGGAAGGCCAAAAAGCCCAAGAAAAAGGCCGAUGGACCGAUCAUCGAUGACGAGACUGUUGAGGACGCAUUGCUUCAAUUGCAGGUUGCCCAUGCCUGCCUCAUUCAUCACACAACCACGCCAUCUGAUUCCGCCGAAUGGAUCAAGAAUUUCACAGAGCAUAUCUCAACCGUGCCGUACCGGCGCGAAAGACAGGAAGCUCAUAAUGCUGCAUUUUGUAUGGAUACAGGCCAGGUUAAGACUGGCGCUGAUAACAAUGAUACCUUUAUCAAGAUGCUUCAGGAGGUAAAUCGUAUUACGGCACCCAUGGCAUAUGGAAUUGCAGGGGAGUAUUCCUGUGUCACGAGCUUGGCGCGUGGCAUGCGGAUGCAUGGCGUUACAACGUUGGAAGAUAUCAAGAAAUCCGCAAACAAGAACGGUGCCUUGACUAACGCACGCAUUGGCCCUGCUGCUAGCAGACGACUGUACAAAGUUUUCACGGGCCAAGACCCGACUUCCACGGACAUUUAG